AUCAUAACAGUACCACGUGCGAACCGACGAACUGAACCGAGUCAUUGCUGACUUUGUCUAAAGAAGUAAAAUCCAAGUGAUCUUUUUUUUCUAAAAACAGAAAGUAGAUCCAAAAGUGAUUCAAGAAAAGACAAAAUAUCAAGUGAAGUGUGCUGCUUGGUGAACAUUUUGAAAAGUCAUCUAUCCAGAAACCAGAAACUUUACGUGAAAAAAUCUAGUAUCUGGAAACUGCAAAGUAUCAGCGCUAACUUUGAGGCCCAGCUCCUCAGAAUCUGAAUCUUCCAAACCUUUAUAAAAUGUCUCUGCUGCCUGUGCUUUUCUCUGACUGGUGGGAGGACUUGGACCGUCCUCACCGACUUUUCGAUCAACAUUUUGGAAUCAACCUUAGGCCAGAAGACCUUCUGGAGAACAUUGCACCCAGCUCUGAUCAGAUUUUGAUCUACAGACCCAACAGAAGUGUUUCCAGGAGAAGGUAUCGUCCUUAUACCCGUCCCAGACAGGACCGAGGUGCCUCCACUGUCCAAGCAGAUAAGGACAAAUUCAUGGUCACCUUGGAUGUGCAGCAGUUUUCUCCGGAUGAGAUCAACGUCAAAGUGGCCGACAAACACGUCGUCGUCGAGGCCAAACAUGAAGAGAAGGAAGAUGAGCAUGGCUGGAUUUCCAGGCAAUUCCUCAGAAAGUAUUUGAUCCCAUCUCAAUGCGAUGUGGAUAAGGUAGAAUCUCAUCUUUCCUCUGAUGGUGUCUUGACAAUCACAGCUCCUAGGAAACAGCAGGCAAUUGAAUCCAAUGAAAGGCCGAUCCAGAUCCAGUUCACAGGACAACCAGCUGUGAAUCAAGUUUCUGUUUCCAAUGCUUCUGUUUCCAAUGCUUCUAUUCCCAAUGGAUCAUUUGCAGCAACAGAGAAUCAAGAACAGGGUCAAGACCAGAAGAUCCCGAAUACGCCACAGAGAGGAAGAAGGGCAACAUUGAAAGCGAACUAGGUUUUUAUAAUUCAAUUUUCAUUUUCGUAUUGCAUCGUCAGACCUGAGUUUAGACAAGUUAUUUUGUUGCUCGAUUCAUUGUCAUGAUCAUAAAAGAUAGACUUGCCUUGUAAAACAUUUUUAGGAUAAGUAAUUUCAUCUGUUACAAAAUAUUAGUUUUUUCAUAACAUUUAUGUAAAUAUUCUCAUAUCUACAUUUCCAUUUUAUAAUAUAAAUUGUCAAGCUGGGAAGCUACUUUCCUUUUCAACAAUCCAGGCCAGUAAAUAUCUUCAAACAAGUAUAUCUACGGUAUUAUAUAUACUUCAGUAAUUUAUUAGAUCAGCAACUUUAGGUAAUAAGUGCGUACGUCGUAGCCUUACCCUGUGGGCACACAAGUCCUAAACUUGUCCUAUAUACGUCUUUCGGCGGACGUCUUAAGGACGUCCUGAGGACCUUUUAAAGACAUGAAAAGUUCCAAAGGAUGUCUUAAAGACGUCAGACCAUAUGACAUAGAGGUACGUUCUAAGGACGUCUUUAGGACGUCCUAGUGCCCACUCUGGAUACAUACAAACUACAAAGUUUAUGUAUCUUAUUUUAACUUUUCUGAUAAUUUAUGAAAUGGAAAGUAGUUUUGCAACAUAAAACUCUGGAAAGUCAAAUUUAUGGGAAUGAUUUUAAAAUUUCCAAAUUUUGUCUCAUUUAUUUGAUCCAGAUAUUAAUAAAAUAAUUUUGAUGCCAAUUGCAUACUUUUAUUAGCGCCUAUAAAAUUUGUAUUUUUGUAAAGAUUCUAGAAUCAUAUUUCAGAGAAAAAUUGAAUUAAAAAUAGUUUCUUUGAUUUCAAUGUAUAGGGUUUGCUUUGUCAUUCAUGGUUUAAGAAAAAUGUACUGAAGUGGUGUCGUAAUUUAAACAAUUGAUCUACCAAACAAAAUUAUCGAAAUUAGUGAAAAAUGUAUUCAACCAAAUAUUGCAGCAGCAUUUUGAUAAAAUUUGAAUAAAUUUGUAGUUGCAAAAACAUAAAGACUGUCAUGUAUAGUCUAUACAUAUACUUUAUGUAUAUAAAAGUAUGCAUUGAAUGAAGACUUACUGUGAAAAUGAUUAGUGCGGAAAUAAAAAGAAGUGUAUGCGAACAAGGUAUACGUGUGUGUUUUCUCUCUGCAAUAAAUAAAUAUGUAUACAUAUUA